CUAAAACCUAACUCAAACCACAAUGGGGGUGGUGCAGUUAGUCGAUCAAAGCAUUUAGACAUUUACGGAGGGUGAAACCCCCCAUAAACCCUUAACCCCCGAAGUAAGAAGUACUGAGAAGUCGCAGGUAUGGAUACACACAGAGACAUAAACACAAACACUUGGAAUGCAAUGGAACCCUGAGACCGAGAGGAGAAGAAGAAGAAGAACAUUCCCAUUCCAAUUCCAUUGAUCCAUGAUGCUCCCACUCAAACAUGUAACCAAACACCGUCUCAGAUCCAAAUCCUUCAUCUCCUCAAUUCUCGACCCGUGCUCUGACCAUGCUCCAUACACUUCUCUAGCAUCAUCAUCUUCCUCAGCCUCAACUUCCUUUUUUAUCUCCCAAAACGACGUCGCCUCCUCCUUCAAGACGUGGUUCGCGUCGGCGCGGCAGCAGCAGCUCCCCUUCGACCCCCUCCUGAACCGCAUCCACCAAAUCCUCUCCUCCCCCGACGACGAGGAUUUCUCCGCCGCGCUCUCCGCCCUCCGCCUCCCCUUAUCGGAGCGCCUCGUCCUCCGCGUCCUCUGUCACGGCGCCGCCCGCCGCGACAUUCUCCCCUGCCUCAAGUUCUUCGACUGGGCCGGCCGCCAGCCCCACUUCCACCACACCCGCGCCACCUUCGUCUCCAUCUUCAAAAUCCUCGCCCGCGCCGACCUCAAGCCCCUCGUCCUCGAAUUCCUCGACGCCUUCCGCCGCCGCAUCUUCCACCACCGGGGCCGCUUCCACGACAUCCUCGUCGUCGGCUACGCCAUCGCCGGAAAACCCCAAAACGCCCUCCAUGCGUUCGCCCGAAUGCGCUUCCACGGCCUAGACCUCGAUUCCUUCGCCUACCACGUCCUGUUGGAGGCCCUCGUCGAGAAAAACUACCUCAACGCGUUUGACAUCAUCAUGAGGCAAAUUCGCGCCAGGGGCUACGAGAAUCACAUGACAAAUGUCAUUGUUGUUAAGCAUUUGUGCAAGGAGAGAAGGUUGGAGGAGGCUGAGGAUUUUCUCAAUGGUUUGAUGUGUCGUGGGGAGGAGUUAAAAGGGCCUGAAGUGAGUUUUUUAAUUGAUGCAUUGUGUGAGAGUUAUAGGUUUGAGCGUGCGGUUGAGUUGGUUAAGCAAUUUGGGAGCUCUGGAUUGGUUCCGUUGGAUCAUGCUUAUGGGGUUUGGAUAAAGGGUCUUGUUCGGGGUGGGAGGGUGGAUGAGGCAUUGGAGUUUUUCUCUCAGAAGAAGGACUCUGAAGGGUAUUUUCCUGCCACUGUUAGGUAUAAUGUUUUGAUUUGUAGGCUUUUGCAGGAGAAUCGGUUUCGCGAGGUGUAUGAUUUGUUGGUGGAUAUGAAUGAGAGUUGCAUUCCUCCUGAUGUGGUUACCAUGAAUGCUGUCUUAUGCUUCUUUUGCAAAGUGGGGAUGGCGGAUGUCGCAUUUGAGUUGUACCAUUCGAGGUCUGACUUUGGGUUGUCUCUCAAUCACUUGGCUUGCAAGUAUUUGAUACUUACUUUGUGCUGGGAUGGGGGCGCUGAGGAAGCGUUCAAGGUGCUCAGAAGCUCAGCUCAGCGGAGUUAUUUUCCUGAUGGGCGGACAUUUUGCACGCUUGCGAGUGCUUUGUGCAGGGAGCACAAGAUUGAUGAGAUGAAGGAGUUGUUGUAUCUUGCCGUGGGGAAGAAUUUCGUGCCUCCUACGUCAAUGUAUGAUAAGUACAUAUUGGCUCUGUGCCGGGCUGGGAGAGUGGAAGAUGGUUAUUUGGUACAUGGGGAACUUAAGAGUGUUGCUGCCAGGACAUCGUAUGUUAAGAUGAUUAAGAGUUUUGUUAAGUCUGGUAGGGGAGAUAUUGCUGCUCGGCUUCUUGUUGAAAUGAAAGGGAAGGGUCAUAAACUGAUUCGUCCAUGGUGUAGAGAUGUUAUUUGUCGCUUGCUUGAAAUGAAUAAUUCAAGAGGGCGCUUUUUCAAUUUACUGGAGAUGCUGACUCGUUGUCAACAUUCUUGUCAGACUUACAACUUUUUCCUUGACGGAGCUGGACAUGCUAUGAAGCCUGAGUUGGCUAGGGAAGUAUUUGAGUUGAUGCAAAGGAAUGGUAUUAAGCCCAAUUUGUCUUCUCUUAUUCUUAUGUUGCAUGUUUAUUUACUCAGUGGGAGAAUUUCUGAUGCUCUGAAUUUUUUUAAUGGUGUACGGCGCCAGGGUUUGGCAACUAAGAAGUUAUAUGUUGCCUUGAUUACUGGUCUCUGCAAGUUCAAUAAGAUAGACAUUUCACGUGAGUACUUUUUCAGCAUGUUAAGAGUUGGAUUGAAUCCAAGCCUUGAAUGCUAUGAGCUACUUGUGCAAAAGCUUUGCUCUUUGCAAAAAUAUAGUGAAGCAAUACAUAUCAUUAAUGUAUCUCAGAAAAUGGGACGUCCUGUAAGUUCUUUUAUUGGCAAUGUACUUCUUUAUCAUUCUUUGAUUUCACCACAACUCUAUGAUACAUGCAAUUAUUUAAGAGGUGCGGAAGAGGGGGUAUUUUCUGGUAAUUCAACACUUUGCUGGAUGAUUGGUGCAUUUUCUGGUCGUCUCAGAGUGAGCCAUUAUAUUGCGGACCUGGAAAGAUUAGUAGAGAGAUGCUUUCCACCUAAUAUUUUCACAUACAAUCUGUUGUUGAAACAAGUAGCCAAGAGUGAUAUGGACAAAGCUCGUUUGUUGUUUGCUCGGAUGUGUCAAAGGGGUUAUCAACCUAAUUGUUGGACAUAUGAUAUCAUGGUACGUGGUUUCUCAAUUCAUGGGAGGAAACAUGAGGCUAGGCGGUGGCUUGAAGAAAUGUUCCGAAAAGGAUUUUAUGAUGAAAAUCAAUAGAAUAUUCAUUUAAGGAGAAUUGGUCAAGGGCCAAUCAAUGUGUUAAAGAUCUAAAAUGGUUCAUCCAAUUUUGUUGAGAAUGUGCUCAAAUUCAUUGAGAAGUGGACUGCUUACUUCAUGAGGGCUUGGGGUUUAAUGCCAGUACCAUAUUGGCCAUGGACAGUAGUCAUUGCAACAAACAUAUUGUAGUUAUCAGAAUUAAAAGUAGUACUUCGUGACCAGGUGCAUGCUCAUCACUGCUGGCAGAAUCUAAUUCAAAGCUGAAAUGGAGAACUGGUCUUGUAGAAAGAAACAGAGAAGGGAGGAAAAAGUUAUGAAAGAAGUAAAGAAGGGAGGAAGAAGACAAAUAAAGAACUGAUGCAGCGAAGACAGCCAUUAGUCCGUUACCUGAGAGGUCCUAAUAACUGAAGCUGUGAUUAAGUAAAAGAAAGAUGGUAACAUAAAUAAAUGGGUAGGAGGCUUUGUAGACGUGAGCAAAACUCGGAUUGGAGAAGAAUAUGGUUCGGGGUUCCUUUUAUUGAAACUGCGUUUCUAAUUGAUCGGGGGCUCGUUUACCUUGGAAAAUCAUACAAUUACCUCAUGGGGAGGAAUUUAUCUUUAAGAAAGCUAGAAGACAAUACAACACUGGGUGCAUGAUCAAGAAGAGAGAAAAUCGUUAUCGCUUGUUGAUGCCUAUUGUUAGCACCAUCCAAGUCAUCGAUUUGCUACUACAAGAAUUCAUCGUACUAUGGUAGCCUGAGUUCAUAAAGUCUUGCCAUUGUUUCGAUUAAGCCACAAAGUAAGUUGGUAGUAGCUAGUAGGAAAUGUUAGAUUGCAACUUCAAUUUUCUUGUGAUAGUGGGAUACUAGGGGCGGAUUCUAGCAUGCAUGCUAUUCAUGAAUGAUGAACCAUUAAUUACUUCUAACACAGAACUGAACUACAUGGUUUGAUUGUCAAAACCAGUUUCAAAUGGAUGAUGAAGAACCAACAUAGAUUGCUUUAA